UACCUCUUGACAGCUCUGAAAACACUCUCCACGUGUUUCUUCAUAUUUUCGGUUCAAAAAAUGGUAUUCUACUUUGAAAGUGACGUGGUGCAACCACCGGUUACAUUGUUCAUGGGAGUUGACAAACACGAGAACAUUGACAUUGUUUACAUUAUUAUUGUUGACGUUUGGCGAACAUUGAACUCUUAAUCUGGAGAUAAAUUAGAGGACCAUCUUUCAUGAUUUCUAAUAGUUUAACCACAAAUUUUUGGAUUUAGACGAGGAUUUGAUAAAAUGGGGAUGGCCCGAGGAUGUCUGGUUUCACGUAGACAAGUUCUCGUCGGCUCAUGUUUAUCUGCGACUUCGCCCAAGGGUAAUUUUCCAUUUUUUCAGGGUCAGACUAUCGAUGACAUUCCAGGAUCAGUCCUGGAGGAUGCAGCUCAGCUGGUAAAGGCCAACAGCAUCGAGGGGAACAAAGUGAAUGACGUCGACGUUAUCUACACAAUGUGGGCUAAUCUGAAAAAGACCCAGGGAAUGGAGGUAGGACAGGUUGGUUUUCACAAGGAGAAGGACGUUCGUAAAAUUCACGUAUCCAAACGACUGAACACAAUAGUCAAUCGUCUGAACAAGACGAAACGAUCUGCCGAGUCAAAUUUCAGAUUGGAGAGGGAGGACAGGGACAGGAGGGAAAGAGAGGAUAAGAAAAAAUUGCUGAGGCUCCAGAAGGAGCAGGAGAAGGCAGAAAUUAAAAAGCGAGAGGAGGAGGCAGAGAUAAGGAAUUAUUCAUCUUUAUUCCAAGAGAGUAAGAUGACGACGAAUGCAGAGGCAUCAGGGUAUGAUUCAGACGACUUCAUGUGAUAUCCCCCGACGAAUAAAACCUCCACAACUGUAAAUUAUCAAUUUUUCUGAUCCCCUCCCCAUAAAUCGAAAAAUGAAUAUUAAAAAUAAAAAGGACAAGUAGGAAUAAUUUUUGGUCUAAAAAUCCAGCCGUAUAUCACGACAAUUCCACGUUGACAGCUCCAAGAGCCUUGACGAUCCACUCUGGGUAAUUCCUGUCAGGAUAGACUGUCAACAUGAAUUCUCGGAUGAACUCAGGAAAAUUUUGCUUCUCAAUACUGCUUUGGAUGUCCUUCAUGAGCUUCAGCUGAAAUGCUAUGUUGUGGACGGUUAGUGCGUGACAGGCGACGGUCUCCACCGUCACCAGGUGGUGGAGAUAAGCUCGUGUGUAUGUUUUACAAGUACUGCAGUCGCAAUUUUCGUCAAUGGGACGCCUGUCGUGUUUGUAGAUCCUCUGACGAAGGGAGAGUUGUCCAGAUCUUACUAAUGCACAACCAAAUCGCUGGAAGAACAAUUGAGAGAUCCUUUUAGUCAGGAUUUAGACAGUAUUUAAGGUAUAUUACGGAAUAAAAAAUGGAAAAAAAUAAAUAAUUUUGGGAAGAGUAA